AUGGCCGACGCCGAGCGAGACCCUCAAUUAAGCAGCGUCACAGCCCCCGCGGCGACAGCGGCAGCUGAGCAGCCCAAGCCUUUACCAAAGGGAAUGGUCUUGGGCCCAGAUGGCAAACCAUGUCGGUCUUGCUCGUCGAAGAGCGCUUUUUCGAGCUGGGCUUCUCAGAUGAACGGCUCAGUCAGAAAACCAACUCCAGUGGCCUCGGCGCCUGUCGACGACUGCCCCCCGGAUGUCGAGGCCCUUGGACGAGGCACUUGGCAACUGCUACACUCGAUCGCAGCAACGUACCCCGAAAAGCCCUCCCCUAGCCAGAAAGACGACCUUCGAGGUUUCAUGAGACUGUUUUCCAAGCUUUACCCUUGCUGGGUGUGCGCCGAAGAUUUCCAAUCGUACAUACAAAAAGAACGGAUUCGAGUGGAGGGGCGGAGCGAGUUUGGAAACUGGCUGUGCGAGGCGCACAACGAGAGCGAUGGCGGACGGGUUGGAAAGACGGCCGUUGCGAUUGAAAGCGGCGCGUAUCGCGAGAAAAGCCACGGUCGUUGGACUUUGAUAGACGAUGCUACUCUUCCAGCGGCAGCAGAGCAAGACAGCAUGCUGAACCGCAUUUUGGUUCGGAUUGUAUUGCAUGUAAGCAUUUACUGCUUACCAAGGGUUGGGCGUUGUUGCUUAUCCCCAGAACAUGAUCUGAUAUUUGCAGGAUUCUGUCUAGGCAGGCGAAUGGGCCACGAUUUGUCCGAACGGCAUCGCGAGAUAAUUCGGUCUUCGAGCGGCGGCCCGAAGUCGAGCGUAGCGGGCCCCGGGCCCGGCUCCGCAGCUGACAGGCGCACGAUGCUCAAUGGUACUUCCAUUGUGUUUUAUUUGGGCCGUUGCGCCGUAGCAGGGCCGAUAGGCUGGGGCCAACAUCAGAUCAUGCCGAAUGGUGCGCCGCUCCCCUUUCCCCCCAGUUUGCGCACGACAACGACAGGAAGGGGCGGUUCCAAGCUCAUGUUAUGGUCUUAUGUUGGCUCAAAGCAGGAUGCGAAGCAGGGCACGCCGCAGUUUCCCGACGGGGUGGAUGCAGAUCCCACGCUGUCAACGGUUGCGUACCUUGCCAAGUUGCCAGCCGGGAAGCGGGCUUCCAUUGCCUCACACUCACAGGCAGGCAGGGACAAGGAGGACCCAAAAUCCACAAACCACGUACGGAAACGGAUGCUCAGGACGGAUACGUUCGCUUUCUUCCCUAAUGUUGCCUUACGUCGAACAGUGACAAGGUACCAGAAUAAAUCUUUUUUUUCCCUCAGAUAUCUGGGACCUCACCUCACCUCACCUCCGGAACCCACCGGCCCAGCCCGGCUUGAGCCCGGUGUAUUGGUGACCGCAACCUCCUGUGGCGUGUUCCAUUACAUCACUCACUCCGCACCAAGAUGGGUAACCACGCUACUAUCUCGCGUCUUUUCCCGUCUGGUGCCAGGACCCCCAUCUUGGUCCCCUUUCACCCAAAUCUUGAUCGAACCCGUCGCAUGCCGAGACCCGUAUCUUGUCACUUAUACGAAAAUGGAGCUACAUGAGCUGUCGCCCAUCGCCGAUGGCCCUGUCGUUUCAAUCUGCAAUGGCCAGUGGUCUGACUUGACGAUCCUGGCCGACCCAUGCAAUGAUGCCGAGACUCGAGUGAGUCCAAGUCCGUCUGGGACCAUCAACAACAUCGCCAUCUCCGCAGGUUAUAUACACAGACGAACACUUCUACAACAUACACUCGAGGUAGCAUCCAAAGCUACCCCCUUCUACACCAUCAGCUGCUCACACACAUAUCCGAUCAUGGCUGAUAUCAGAACCCAAGGGCUUAUAGAGCCUGUCGACGUCGUCGAAUACCUCUUCAGGAGACUCCAUGAGGUCGGUGUCCGCUCCGUUCACGGCCUUCCCGGUGACUUCAACCUCGUUGCCCUCGACUAUCUUCCCCAGUGCGGCCUGAAAUGGGUUGGUAAUGUCAACGAGCUCAACGCCGGUCAGUAUCCCUACAACCUAUCAACUUGCCAAGUAAGCUUCGAUCGACGAACUGACAUUCUUCAAGGCUACGCUGCCGAUGGUUACGCCCGUGUCAAGGGCAUCUCUGCCAUCAUCACUACAUUCGGUGUUGGCGAGCUCUCCGCCAUCAACGCUCUCGCCGGUGCCUACUCAGAACACAUUCCCGUCGUACACAUUGUCGGUUGCCCCUCUACGAUCUCUCAGAAGAACGGCAUGCUCCUGCACCACACCCUUGGCAACGGCGACUUCAACGUCUUCUCCAACAUGAGUUCUCAAAUUUCAUGCGAUGUUGCGCGCCUCAACAACCCCGCCGAGAUUGCCAACCAGAUCGAUCAUGCUCUCCGAGAGUGCUGGAUCCGCAGUCGCCCCGUCUACAUUAUGCUCCCCACCGACAUGGUCCAGAAGAAGAUCGAGGGCCAGCGCCUAAACAAGCCCAUCGACCUCGAGGAGGCCAUCAACGACCCUGACAGAGAGGACUACGUUGUCGACGUCGUCCUCAAGUCCCUUCAUGCCGCCAAGAAGCCCGUCAUGCUGAUUGACGCCUGCGCUAUCCGCCACCGCGUCCUCCCCGAGGUUCAUGCACUCCUUGAGAAGACAAAGAUUCCUGUCUUCGUAACGCCCAUGGGAAAGGGUGCCGUCAACGAAUCUCACCCCAACUACGGCGGUGUUUAUGCCGGUACCGCUUCGCAACCCGAUGUUGGUGAGCGACUCGAGUCCUCAGACUUGAUCUUGUCCAUUGGUGGUCUCAAGAGCGAUUUCAACACCGCUGGAUUCUCUUACAGAACAUCGCAGCUGAACACCAUCGACUUCCACAGCACACACAUGAGAGUCAGAUACUCUGAAUACCCUGGCAUCACCAUGCGCGGAGUCCUCCGCAAGGUCACUGAGCGUCUUGACUUGAGCCAGCUUUCCGUCGUCACAUCACCCGAGGUCAUCAACAGAGUGCCCAGCCCCAACUCGGACCCCUCGCAAACCAUUACCCAGGCUUACUUAUGGCCUCGUGUUGGCAACUACCUUCGCGAGAAUGACAUCGUUGUCACCGAGACCGGAACGGCCAACUUCGGUAUCUGGGACACCAAAUUCCCUGCUGGGGUCACAGCUUUGAGUCAGGUCUUCUGGGGAAGUAUCGGUUGGUCUGUCGGUGCUGCCCAAGGUGCUGCUCUCGCAGCAAAGGAUGCGGGAGAGGACCGCAGGACAAUUCUCUUCGUCGGCGACGGAUCAUUCCAACUUACGGCCCAGGAGGUCACUACCAUGUUGCGCCACGGCUUGAAGACGACAAUCUUCGUCAUCUGCAACGAUGGAUACACCAUCGAGCGCUUCAUCCACGGCAUGGAGGCCGAGUACAACGACAUUGUCCAGUGGCAGUACAAGGAACUUGCGACAGUGUUCGGCGGUACCGAGCAGACAGCCAAGAAAUUCGUCGUCAAGACAAAGGAUGAACUUGAGAAGCUCCUGACUGACCAGGAGUUCAACAACCCCACAACACUACAGUUUGUCGAGCUCUACCUCCCCAAGGAGGAUGCGCCAAGAGCAUUGAUCAUGACUGCUGAGGCCAGCGCUAGAAACAACGCCAAGCACACGGUCUUUGUCUUUCAAGCCAUCAACAGGCCCCAGCCGUGUCAUGGCUCAAGUAUUCACAAUAACCAAAAGGAAAAUGUGAAAGAAGGCUCUUUUCAGCGCUCCAAGGUUGCGCAGAAUUAUGGCAGUUCUUACCCACAAGGAGGCAAGCUGAAGUUUAAGCAACUAGAUAAAUAUUCAAUUGCCAUAGUUCCACGCAGCUGGACUUUGACUUCCCGGCAAGUCGUCCAGCAUGAGAUCCGGCACAUUCAAUUCAUGCAAUUGAUAACAUCAGCUGACAAGCUUCGAUUAAGCACCAUCGAACUGAUGGCUGUUGACGAUGGCUGGUUGUUGGGAAGUGACCCUCAGGCUGCAAUAAGACGCAGAAAGUAUAGCGGGUCCAGCUCGUCUGAUUUCUUGCCUUUGGGCGCAAUCCCACAAGGCACAAUUUCCAUACUCACAGCCCACAAGGGCUUCGGCGCAGCAUCCCAGAAGAUUUCAGAGCUGCAGCUCGCGAAGCUCCUACAAAAUGACAGAUGGGAAGAGGAAACAGGUGGGCAAGGCUCCGGCAAAUGGCAGACGCCGCAACACAAGGCGAAGGUCGCCAGUCUUCAGGACAAGGGCGUCGCCCUCGGGGUUGGCGACAAGGGUAUCUGGGUCACAUUUGCCAGAGGCAUGGACGGAAAGUCCAUUAGCGAAUUCAGCAUACUAUGUGACGAGUACGCAAAGAUACUCUACGGCAUCGUUCCCCCCGGGGAAGAAGUUGAAUCAGACGAGGAAGACGAGGACAUUGAAGCGUCCAUAAAGAAGGAGCUCGAUGGUAUCAGCGAAGUCAACAAGGGCAAGACCAAGCGUACGUUCAAGGCCAUCAAGGCUGGGAUCGAGUGUGUCUUCUUCAUGAAGACAAGGGAUCCCAUCGACCCCGUGGAGCUCUGCCGUAAGAUGUGCAUAGACGCCAGCGUCUGCACUGAUCUCAAGGAGAGGAAGACAAAGUAUAUCAACCGGCUGACGCCGGUCACCUCUAUGGAUAAGGCAUCUGAGAACGGCGUGGUGCGAGUCGCUAGAAAGGCUCUGGCCGCGCAUCUCGAUCUCGUAGAUGAGACAGCUCAGGCUGCAGAAGGCGACGCAGAGAAGGUCGAAGGAGAGAGUGAUGCUCGGACUGAGAAGCCGGCCUGCACAUAUGCCAUCAGACCUUCCAUACGCAGCAACAACUCACUUGAUCGCGACACGCUCAUUAAGCAAAUCGCCAGCGUCGUCAGCCCGCGGCACAAAGUCGAUCUCACUAAUGCCGACAAAGUCAUACUUGUCGAUGUUUUCCAGAGUUUCUGCGGUAUGAGUGUUAUUGAGCGCAGUGACUGGGAGGAUUUAAAGAAGCUCAACGUCAACGAACUGUACAAGGCGUCUCCUGGAGCACAGGCAAAUCGCCCGGCACCAAAGGAAGGUGGAAAUAAGGCAGCAUGA